GAACAAAGUCGUUUUCAGAGCGCUGCCUUCACCAGUGCGCUGGAAAGGGUUUCACCUCCAACCAAACGAGAUUAAACCAUUUUUUUGGGGUUUAGCUUUUGAAAGGAAGAAAAGAAGUAAGAAGAUCGUUGAAGUUUUCUGGGAAUCUGAGAUGGAAGAGGAGAAGAAGGAAGUUGCAGAACAAGCAAAAGCCGAAGAGGCAGCCCCGCCUCCACCCACUACUGGUGGCGGUGGAGCUUGGGGCCGUUGGGGUCUUUCUUUUUCCGUCCUCUCAGAUCUUCAAAAGGCCGCUACCGCCGCUGCCGAGGAGAUCUCACGCAAUGCUGCUGUAGUUGCUGAGACAGCAUCCAAAACCAUUGCUGAGAUACAAAACACUUCUGAAGAUUCAAAAUCUUCUAAAGAGAUGGAAGGGGAAGAUGUAGCUUUAACUGAAAAGGAAAGUGAAGAUGAAAAUGACAAACUACGAAAAUCUACUCUGGAAAAAUUGGAGAAAGCUAGCGAAGAGACAAUACUUAGCCAGGGUCUGAAGGUGUUUGAUAAUUCUGUGGAAAAUUUAACAUCAGGAGCAUGGAAUGCUUUAGGAAGUGCAUGGAGAGGGGGCACUGAUUUAGUUCAAAGGUCAGCUGCAAACCUUGCAGGUUCUGUGCAGCAGGUUGCACCAGCAACAGUUGGUUCUGGUGUGCCGUCCCUAUUAGAGACUGGUAAAGCUUUUACUGCAAAGGGAAUGCAAGUACUAGAAUAUGUUGGUAAGGAGACAAUGGACUUGUUAAUUACUGAAACUGGAAUUGAGGUCGAGAAGGCUGAUAAAGAAGCUGAAGAGCAAAAAGAUGAGGAUCAAUCAUUAGAGGAAAUGACCUUUGAUAGAUGCUUUUACAUAUAUGGAGGCCCAGAGCAGUUGGAGGAACUGGAGGCUUUGUCUAGUCAUUAUGCCCUAUUAUUCAACCGAAGAAAAACAAAGUUAUCACCAGAACAAAAAUAUUUAUAUGAUGGGAAGCUUAAAGAGGUCCAACAGAUUUUCAAUUUGAGUGCUGAAAAUGAUGGAAGCAAUGUUGAUUUAAGCAAAGGAAAGAAAGUAGAAAAGGGAAAUGAGGGAAGCAGUGACGAGAUGAAGAAUUUACAUGACUCAAGUGUCUGCAACGCUGCUGAAAUGGCUGCAGGUUUUACCAGCACCUUGGGUGGACUAAAUGUAAAUGAUAUAAUCCAGCGAACUGCCAGGAGAUUAGAAUCUCUUCAUUCAGAGGGUGUUCAUAGGCUAUCAGAAAUGUGCUGUUUUGCGGUGUCUCAAUUGUUGAUCAUUGGCAAAUCCAUCAUGUCUACUGCUAACAAAGCCAAAGAUGUAGACAAUGAUGAGCAGAACGUGAACAUAGAGUGGCCUGAGGAUGUUGUUGAAAAAGCUAAGAUGAUCAGAGUAAAUGCCCAAACAAUGGUAGGAUAUGUGGAAGCAGUUUCCAACAGUUUCAUUACAGGAAUAUCUGACGUAACUGAGGCAUAUCAAGCUGCCAUAAAAAGUGCCACUGCCGAGUCUCGCGAAGUUCUUCCAGGUACUUCAAUUCAGGAAAAAGCCGGUGUCCUCUCCGAGCACCUUCGAUCGGAUAAAAAAACAGCAGUACAAAAAAUCCAGGAUGGGCUGCAAUUGUUAUCCCAUGUUGUCGUUUCAAGUUCUAUGAAUGCGGCUGCUUGAACGCAGCUGUGCUUUUAAUCUCUUGCCCUAUUCUUACAUCAGAUUUAGUGUAAAUAGUCACAUUUUAGAGGGAACAUGACAUUCCAAUGUUGAUAUACUCUACCGGACCACGAGGUUUGAUUUUACCAUGUU